AUGGCUGUUCAAACUGCAGGUUCCGACGAAUCCCAAAGCAACGGUUCAUUGAGCAGUGCUCCAACUAGCCAUGAAUCCUUUAUACCUCAGUAUACGAAGAAGCCACUAUCACAGCUAGAUAUAGAUGGACCUCAACAACCAUUUGAUAAAGUGCAAUUGACAAAGUUGCUAAUUGAUGCUUUGCAGCAGAUUGGUUAUAGUGAGACUGCAGCAACUUUGCAGAAGGAAAGUGGUGGAAUAUUGAUCGAGUCCACUCAUGUUAAAGCUUUAUUCACUGCUAUAAAGGAGGGAAAAUAUCAAGACUGUUCAUUGGAUCUGUUACUCAGGUUACCUAUAUUCCUUGAGUCUUUAGAAAUAUCUGGUGAUUUAUCACAUGUUGCACUUCCACCUAUGCAUCGCAAAUCAAAUGAAAUUCUUGACCAUUUUCUUACUGAAUACGAGAAGUUAACAUUUGUGAUGAAAAGGUUAUCGGAGUUGAAGGAUGUAGACAUCAUCAAACUAACAAUUUGCGUGGAAAUGCUUGUUUCAAUACAGACAUUAUCUUUCACAGAAAUAUUAGGCUCAGACAGACGGCUUGCCCUUGAAUUAUUGAGGUCAGUCAUCAGACCAACUAUAUCUAUCUGGGAUUCAUUACUGACUUUGCAGACUAUGAAGUAUGAUCCAGAAGCACAAGCUCCACCAACAACAAGUGGAAGUGAACAAAAUAGCCCUUUUUCAUACUUCCAGCCAGACCAACUUCUAUCACAGCUUUCUACAUUAAUAGCUUGUGGUCAAAGCUCUGAUGACCCUUUUGUCACAAGAGACACUACGGCCGAACAUAUAUCGAAAUUCAUAAAUCCAAAUGAUCUUGUUCCUCGUGGAAGACUAAUGCAGUUAUUGAAACAGGCAAUACAAUAUCAAAGAUCGAGAGAUCUUUUAAGUUUCCAUGUAGAUGAUGAAUCAGGGGAAAACAAUGAAAAAUCAGCGGUGAGCUUCAAUUUGUUGCAGGAUAAUGUUACCAAAUCAACUCAAUUUCAGUUCGAAAACAUCAAGACGUUAAAUCGUAACAACGAUGAAAUUUGGUUCCUUCAGUUCUCGUCAGACGGAAGAUUCUUAGCAAGUGCAAGCCCAUCAAAGCAAUACGAAAGAAAGAUUAUCAUAUAUGAUGUGAAAAAGAACUUCGAGAUUUAUGCUGUUUGUUCAGAAACUCGCCAAUCCGUUUUAUAUUUGAAAUUCUCUCCUGAUAACACUAAAUUAAUUGCAUGCUCCAUAAACUCUGCAGUGAAGAUCUAUGACCUCAACCAGCUCUCUCAACCAACUUACGAUGGCUACCUUUGUGAAUAUGAUCAACUAAAACCAAUUGCAUCGGUUUUUGUUACUUUCCCGACUACUCCAGAGUCUUCAGUUCAUUCCACAGUCACUCCUACUGGAUCCACAGAAACUAUGAGAUUAUGGUGUGCCGACUGGUUCCACAAUCCUGAAUUAAAAGACUUUAUUGCAUUAGGGUCACCUGAUUCGGAUGUCAUAAUUUAUGACUUGAAAACCGCAACCAUAUUCGCUAGAAUAUCAAUGACAAUGGGAGAAGAUCUGCAAACUUCAUUCCCUCACGUACAUGAUAUCAAAAUCUCUAAAGAUGACAAUGACCUAAUUGUGAUGAAUAAUGAAAACUAUAUCGAUAUCUUUGACAUCUCAACAUUGAGAUAUUGCAUUCGCGACAAUACUACCUUCAUGACUCCAAGAAAAAGGAGAUUAUUCGUAGGUAAAAGAAUGACCGGAAUGCAAUUCCCAGAUACCUCUCAAUAUCCUUCGGAUCCCUUUUUGUCUUCCCUAUUGCUUGUUUCUAUCCAGAACCAAGAAUUACAACUCUGGGAUUAUCAAAGAGAUAUUUUGAUUCAAAAAUAUAUUGGUCAGAUUCAAUCUCAUUUUAUUAUUCGCUCUUGUUUUGGUUAUCACUCUAAUUUCAUCGCGAGCGGGUCUGAAGACGGUAAAAUUUACAUAUGGGACAGAUUUUAUGGUAAUAUUAUCGGAGUCAUUCCAGCACAUUUGGAUGAUGCACCACUAUCAAAAUCCAAAAUCUGCAAUAUAGUAGCCUGGAAUCCUCAAGAUCAAACAAUGUUUGCUUCUGGUGGCGAUGACGGUCUAGUUAAAGUAUGGAGGGUAUCGGCUAUAUAG